AUGAUAUGUGAAGUCCUUACUAAUUUAUCCAGUAAUAUCUAUCUUGGGAAGUUUGGCACCUUCAAUUCGAACCUUCUCAUUGGCCGCCCCUACUAUCUGACGUACGAGCUUCUCGACAAAGACGACGGCAAGUCCAAGACGGAGCUGCGCGUCGUACCUGCCUCUGAACUACAUGCCGAAACUUUGGGAAGCGAACAAGUGCCGGUUGCUGACGCGAGCGACGAAAAUGCCGAGGGAAAUGCGGGCUUCGAUAUCGUAGGCGAAGAUGGGCAGGUCAUAAUGCGCAACAACCGCCUGACAAUUGAUGAUGCAUCGCGACAGGCGCUGUCCAUGGCCGAGAUCGAGGAGCUGAAGAAGGCUGGCGCCGGGUCGGGCAAGGAGAUUAUCGCCAAGAUUAUGGCUUCACAUAACGCCAUUGACGAGAAGACGAGUUUCUCGUUAGCCAAAUAUACUCUACGCAAGUCGAAAAAGUACCUGAAGCGCUUCACGGCGCUGCCCAUGGAUGUUGGCCUGCUCACAGAAUAUGUCUUGGAGAAAGAGGCGUACAAGAUUAUGGAACUGAGAGAAGACUUAUUGGGUUUAAUCAACGCCUGGGCCAACGUACACUCUGGAGAGACAAACCGGGUACUUUUAGGAGAAGAUGGAGUCAGUCAGAUAGGUGGAGGGCGAUGGCUUGUGGUGGAUGAUACUGGAGGUCUUGUCACGGCAGCGCUUGCAGAGAAAAUGGGUAUAUUGUACCCUGAAGAUGAGGAGGACGAAUCGGACGAAGAACCAGACGCUGCAGAAGCUACAAAAACAAACGGCACGUCCAUAACGCCAGAGACAAGAGAUACCGAUACCACCAUGGUAGACGCAGACGCAGACACUACCAUGACUUCCGAAGCGCCAAACGCAACCGACCCCUCAUCAACGAAUGGCGCCCCCUCAGAUCCUCCUCCAAGACCACGAAAGCCACCGCGGCCGCACAUUCCCCAGAUGUCAGCCAAAACCAACACUCUCACCGUCCUACAUCCGAAUAACCAACCCAAUCUCUCCUAUCUCAAAUACUUUGGCUACGAUUAUGGCGCGCCCACCGUCUCACACCCUCUUUACAAGCACCUCAAGUCGCUAUCCUGGUUGUCACUCCUCCACCCCGAAGACGACCCCACGUACGACGAACCCGAAACCAUCCCAGAAGACGUCCUAAUGACGCUUAAAUCCACAAAGCGCGGUACAUACUACAAGAAGCGACGACGUUGGGAGCGCGUCAAGAACGUGGUAGACGAGACGCGUAGAGGAGGGUUCGACGGCCUAAUUGUCGCAACCGCCAUGGACGCAAAGACUGUCUUACGAGAACUAGUGCCCCUUGUACGGGGUGGAGGGAGGGUAGUCGUCUAUAACCACAACGUCGAGCCAUUGGUCGAACUCUGCGACUAUUACUCCAAAGAACGUCGCGCUGCGUAUAUAGCCCGCGAGUUCGGUCCAUCACAAAAGCAGCAGCAGGCGAAUGGAAAGAAGCAUGACCAAGACGAUGACGGCGAUAGCGCUAGCGAAGGUGAUAACGAUGAAGAGGACUUCCCACUAAAUCCGACGUUGCUGCUUGCGCCGUCGCUUCAAACGGCGAGGGCGAGACAGUGGCAGGUGCUUCCCGGACGGACGCAUCCGAUGAUGACGAGUAAAGGUGGGGCCGAGGGGUAUAUCUUCACAGCUACGAGGGUGCUGCCGAUUGAGGGCCGAGUAGAAGCUAGGGGACAUCAUGGCAAGAAGAAGAGGAAGGUUGAGACGACGGAAAUAGCGGCAUAG